GAUUCCGCGAAAUUGUUUCUUUUGAGAAAGAGAACAGCGAAAAACACUGCGGCGGCGGCGGCGCGCGCGCUCACACAAGUUUUGACGCAGUUAUGAAGAGGACCAGCAAGGCAACGGCACGACUUUUGGGAUUUGUCCGACACGCGGCUGGAAAUUGGACAAACCCGUUGUUUGUUUGUUUUUGACGUACACGGAAAGACUUCCAGACUGCACAGAUAUUGACGGACACGCGUGGGGAACAUCACGUUCCCUGGAGCGGACUCGCAGCUUGUUGCACAAGAGCUCCGAAGAAGAAAAAGGAACAUUGUGUUGUUGUUGUUUUUUAAGGAGGGGGGGGGUUCUCUUUUUCUCCCGGACACCUUGUAACACCUCGGCGUUUUACUUGUCUGGUCUUGUAAGAAACCUCCAGACGAUCAUGACGGAUGUGGAUGUCGUCGCGACGCGCGCGCUGCCCUCCACGGACGGAGCGGAUGUGGAGGCGGAGAUGGAGAGCCAGGAGAGCCGCACGCUGCUCAUGGUGGCGAUGAUCCUGCUGGACUUGAACCAGUGCGGCGGAGUGUGUCCUAAGAGCUCGGUAGAAAGCGCCGCAAAUGCUCAAUCCGGCGUGAAGGAGAAGUGCCGAGCGGCUGGGAGCGAGCGGCCGGGGCGCAGGCGGCAGAGCGCCGAGAAGAAGCACCGCUGUCCCUACGCGGGAUGUGGCAAGAUCUACGGAAAGUCUUCUCAUCUGAAAGCGCACUGCCGUGUACACACCGGUGAGAGACCAUUCCAGUGCACAUGGCCCAGCUGCAGCAAGCGCUUCUCCCGAUCAGAUGAGCUGACGCGCCACUUUCGUACACACACGGGCGAGAAGCGCUUCGCCUGUCCCCUCUGCAGCAAGUGCUUCAUGCGCAGCGACCACCUGACCAAGCAUGCGCGCCGCCACGACGGCUUCCAUCCCAGCAUGCUCUGCAAGUCCAAUGGCCGGAGGCGCCGCUCCUCAGCCUCCACGUCCUCCUCUGGCUCCGGAGAUGUUGAGUGAUAUGCUCAGAACAAUUUUUUAAAAACAAAUUUUUUUUUUUAAACAACUUAAUUUACCGAUAAGUAUAGGAUCUGCACAUACCUCUGAUGUGUACACUGCCGGACCUUCUUUUGUGACCGUCUCUAGUCUGAGAGCUUUCACGUUGUCCAAAUGCGACAUGCGAAUAAAAGCAUAAACCCCUUCGCACACACAAUCCGCUAAACUGACAGCGCAAGUAGGAAUAUGUACACUUACCGUCCGAGGGUUGGUUGGCAAGCGCAAUGGCUGAACUGCAGGCGCGUUCUUGAUGUAUAAAAUCUAGUCGUGUAAAUCACAUAGAACCCACAUCGGACCAAUUCUUGUAAAUUCAAGAACGAACCCACGUUGAGUAUCACCGUAUAUUACAGAACGGACUGAUUAGCAGCACGUGACUAAUCCCACAUCAAAUGCAGUGAAUCAGGUACAGUAGGGUUUACAUGAUGUUUAAGGAAAAUACGGAUCUCACUGGAAUUGUCUGGCAAAAAAAAAAGUGCACAAUUUCCCUCCUUAGACCACUUGUAACUAAUCAGCUAAUACAUAUUCGGUAUUUGAAGUCUUCCUUGAACCACAUCCAGUUUUUUUUUUUUUGCUGGCUGAAAACUUCACAGCGUAGCUGAACAUUGUACCGUCAUGGAGGCGGCCAUUUUGGAAAUCCAGAAUCACAUUUGUAUUGGGUUUUUUUUGUGUUUAUGUGUGUGUUUGUGUGUGUGUGUGGUUCUUCUUGACUUUGCCUCCUAAACUUUAAAGAUACAUUGUUGUUUAAAGUAAGUAUGAGACACACUUCUAUUGCUAUAUCAGCUUUACAGGUGUGGCACAAAAUUUUUUCUUUUUUCUUUUUUUUGCCUGACUCCAAACCAAACUUCUUGGCUGAUUGAAUACAUUUGUGUUUAGGGGAAAUUGUGUAGUUAUUUAUUUUCUUAAAUAGAGAUUUACCAUGUAUAGUCAGAUCUAUAACCCAUUAAGAGAGUACAUUACUAAACAAACAUCAUGAAGAGUCUUUGUGAAUAGUAUAAGAUAGCUAAUGCAAAAGCUGAGGCUGAAGACUACUUCAUGUGGAAAAAGUCACGAAACUGUACCGCAUUAGCUGGGAUUCAGUGUCAUGUAAUUAGAAAAACGAAUUGCGUAGCGGAUUACGUACUGUAGGUCCAAUAAUUGUGCCAUUUUAUUACAGACGUCCUGGUCGUCGGCAGGUACGUUCAGCUCAUGCGUUGUUCAUUCGUAUGAUUUUCAGAUGUUACGGCUGUAAAAUAAUGCGUAUUUAUGUGUUAAUUUCCCAUUUGAAUUCCUCGAUCUUUUUUCAUUGAUGAGCACGUUGCCUCUACAAGGGAAUUUGUGGGAUCUUUAUUAUUAUUAUUAUUAUUUUUCCAUUUCUAUCUUGUUUUACUAAUACAUAAUAUAUUGGACUGUAAUUUAGUCUUUAAAGUACCCUUGGUGGCUUGUGUUUGAUGACUCCCCAUGUCCAAUUUUAAGUUUUGCUACUUUAUCAGCCCGAAUGUUUUUCCAGUGAGUCUUUUGGGGAUCAAAGUAUGCAUGACUAUAUUAACUCGCAGUAGCAGAAUUUCCAGAGAAAGUAGCACGAAAAUGGAUGGUGGAUGCAACUGUUAAUUAUAAGCACUACAAUGCUUCAUAAUUAGAAAAUAAUAUACGACAUUUAACAUGAUACCUUGAUAGGAUUCUUAUAGGAAGGAGUACUCCAGCUUAAACUGCUUCUAGCUGAUUAGCAUGCUAGCUGUUUCCGGUAGCCAGUUGGCUAGCUAGGCAGUUUGGCCGUUACUUUAAACACACGUUGGAGCGUGUUGAAAGGAAACCGAAUCUGAAAGGAAAUGCGUUUACCAAGAACUGACAUGCCUUCAUGUUGUUCUGCUGUCUAGAUUAUAACCUAACUAGAUAACAGCAUAUCUUGGAGACAAGCUAGCUGGCAAGUCGAUAUGAUUCUGCGAACAGUGGACAAAGUACAAAGAAAAGAGACUGGAGAAAUCCCCAAAAGCAAGCGCACUUUUUCCAUAUGUCAGUACUUGAAAAUUUUGGAAGUAGACAAGGGCUUGUUUAAAAUAGUGUAGAAGCGUAAGGACAGUAUGAUCGCUAGUCCUGGACUUUCACAGUUACUCGAUCACAUGUACUAACUUCGUAAUUUGGUUUAUUGAGUGGUAAGGAAAAGUGUGUAAGGUUUUUUUUUUUGGAUUUCAGUAACAGAUUCACGUUGCGCAAAGGCAAAACAACUUAAUUUACACGAUUUACUUGAAAUAUUCAAUGCUGUGACUUAGUCUUGGAUAUAUAUACGAGCAGCCACCGAGUGAAUGACAACAACGUUAAGGACUAACAGUGUGUUCAGAUAGUGUGAGUAAACUAAUUCAGCUGUCAAUCACAUGAGAAACGGUUGCAUCAGUACAGUACCGCUCUUCUGUACUGUAGGCUCUCGAUUCACGUGCACUUUUUAACAAUACGGACGUAUUUUUUGUAUGUCUGAAUUUCCAGGUUUCUGUUUUUGACCUGUAACGAUUGAAUGUAACGAUACACCGCCUCUUCUCUGACACCAUGUCAACUUCAUCCUUGUAAUGAAUGUAGAACGGACUGAACUAACCACUGACAGAUGCUUUGUAUUCAAUUCUUUUGUUCUUGCACACAUCUGUACAUAUGACAGUAAUAUGAAAACAUGUUUCAGUUUGAACCUCGCUGUAUUAUUAUUUUCAACAGGACGUGACGUCCACCUGUUUUCAGUUCAUGCCUUCAUUCAGAAUUGCGUGUACUUUUUUUUUUUUUUCUUUUCUUUUCCAGCUGAAAAUGUGUAAAAGAUAAAACAUUAAAACACGACCAGAGGAAAGA